AACAUUAAACCGAGUGCCUCCUCUCUACUCCGCAUACAGCUAAACAAACUACAACAUCACCCUGCGCCUUUGUUGUCAGGCGGCGACUGCUCAUCAUUCGAGCUAGCUAAAGUGGCCCGUAUUAUUGGAGGAGUACGUAAAAUGAAACAUGCUUAAAAUGAUUAAUAUUGCGUUUUGACGCAGCUGAAUCAUCCCGAAAGUGGGAUCAGACGCAAGUUGAGCCGAAGAAGUCAGUCGCUAUAAGAGGAAGUUUGACAGAACGAGGAGAGUACACAUGUCGUCUGCAGCAGAGACGGUGGAAAAUGCCUCCAUCAUUUCAGAGAGUGUUGCCCAUGACGGAAACCGCUUGUGGAUAGGCAACAUCGAUCCCAAAAUCACAGAGUAUCACCUGGUGAAGUUGUUGGAGAAGUUUGGCAAAGUGAAACAGUUCGACUUCCUGUUCCAUAAGUCUGGGCCUUUAGAGGGACAGCCACGGGGCUACUGCUUUGUCAACUUCAGCACCAGAGAGGAGGCGGAAAGGGCAAUCCAGUGUUUAAAUGGGAAGCUAGCUUUGUCCAAGAAGCUGGUCGUGCGCUGGGCGCACGCACAGGUGAGGAGGUUUGAAGGUUUCCGUAACGACAAGACAAUGCCCCCGAGCCUGGAACCAUCAUGCAGUGGUGCAACAGAGGAAGGACCCGUAACAACCAAUCACCUCAGUACGAGUGCUAAAAUCCGCGCCAUCGAGGCCAAGCUCCAGAUGAUGGAGGAGAAUCCAGAUGAUGACUACUCUGGCCCGUCAGCCUACGUUUACAACAAACCGCCAGAAAGGAAACGCUGGGAGCCCUACUCUAAAUCACACCACAAUAACCAGAGCAGGCCCUUCCGCAAGUUUAGGAGAUGACCCCAUCCUCCUGCUCAUUCUGGAGAUCCCCCCCCUCCUCUCUCUCUACCACACCUCAGCCUCCACCUACACACAAACAGACUCUCCACUAGAUACUAUACAGACUUUAUACAUACUAUCUGGGAAUAAAAGAUUACUUUCAGAACCUGGACUCUUUUGGGAGUAAUCACAGCAAUCCCAAAGUGUACCGAAAGUGUUUAUAGUUAUUUUGGGUUACGGUAUUGUUAGUUAUUCUUUAGUCUAAGAUAUGCCCCAUACCUGACUGCUGUGCAGGUUGGAUCCCUCAUCGGUCUGCUUUCUCACUUUUGCAGAGAUUUAACGCAGGUGAAUCAUACAGCUGUGAGUCAUGUGAUGCACAGUUGCUAUAGGAAAGAAAAGUUUUAUUACUGAGGAGUCUAAAUGCUGAUUCUCUUAUUGUUUUUGACAUGUGUUUUUACUUUCAGAUCUUGUUAUUUAAAUGUGGAGAAAACUAAAUUUGAGGGCCUUAUUUUCUGUGUUUGUCUUUACCCAAGACGUCAAUGAAGAGGAAGAAAUUCAAAGAUUCAUAUCAGGUUUGUACUAACGGAGUUUUAAGCCACAAGCCACUCAGUGACGCUUAGUGAAGUUCCUUACUCUUUUCCUUGUAGUUUGCUUUUGUUUUCUUGGAUCCAAUUUUUGUACAACUGCAGUCAAAUUCUUUUUACUGACUUUGGUGUGUUGUGUAGAGUGUGGUAUUUCUCUUGCUACACUCUCUUUAUUUUAAGUUUUCAAUUAAAAGUAAUUAAAUCUCA